AUGAGUCCUGGGGCACCCGAUCCUGCUCUACCCCUUGUCUCCAGCAGCGCCAACACCUCCCCCAUUGAUGGUGCUACUCGCAAGUCUCACGACAAAACAAUCGGCGGAGUCUUCAGAUACACAGACGGGCCUGAUGUAGAGUCAGGCUACUCAGAUCACAGGCUGGAUCAGCUGAAGAAUUUCAGGAAUGGCAGCCAUCACUCGCUGACUAAUGGGCUACCGAAUGGAAACGUCAAGGCAUCCCGGGACAGGUCACAGUCCAAGGCGAGCAGCAUACAUUCAAUAGGAAGCGCAGUGGGGAAGCAACCGGACUCCUUGUUCAGAAGUCAGCCCUCGGUCGAUGGCCCGAGCAGGCUGUCCGGCGGUGACAAUGGGUGGAAUGAAAAAGCUUCUGGCGCCCCUGUUCAACCGGGAGGACAAACACCUGAGUUGGGUAAACUGGAAACAAACCUUCCUCCUGCAAAGCCAGAGUACGACCCGUACCAUAUGGUAACAGCCUCGACCGUCCCCGACACUGCGCGCUCCGAUGGCCAGGCAUUGUAUCUACAACCCCCUCGUGCUUCCGGCCCGACCCCCGCUCGUUUCUCCUCUCCGCCUGCGAUGCAGCCGUCAACAUCGUUACAAGAUCCAUCUACAGACCAAUCUUUGCCUUCUGAAUUCCCGAAGCUCACUCACCGUCAUACUCUCCAAGUCCCAAAGUCUAACAUGCCUAUCGGACGGACCUCGCGAGAUUUCUCUUUCGCUGCCGGCCCUUCAGAAGAAGCCUUGUCUACAACUGGCCGCUUCUCCCCCACAAGAGACCAUUACGACUCUACACUCAGGCACAGGAGAGCGUCACUGGGUCUCGUGCGUAGGACGACCCGCUCAAUGCAGUCCGAUGCCCACUUGGAUGAGGUUCCUCCAGAUGAGGAUGCGGCGCGAUGGACGGAAUUGAUCAAGCAAAAGAGGGCAAGCAAAAGGAAAAAGAGGGAGGAGGAAGACGACGAUCGUGUGAUGGUUGGGAAGAAAGUCGAAGAAGGUCACGUCAAUUGGGUCACGGCUUACAACAUGUUGACGGGGAUUCGAUUUACUGUGUCGAGAACAAAUGCAAAGAUGGACCGAGAAUUGACAGAUGCUGAUUUCGACGCCAAACACAAGUUCAGUUUCGAUAUCACCGGGAAUGAACUCACACCGAGUGCAAAGUACGACUUCAAGUUCAAGGACUAUGCCCCGUGGGUGUUUCGACACUUGCGUGCGAUUUUCGGUCUUGACCCAGCGGACUACCUGGUCAGUCUGACAAGCAAGUACAUUCUUUCAGAGCUGGGCAGUCCGGGGAAGUCCGGCUCCUUCUUUUAUUUCUCCCGCGACUAUAAAUACAUCAUCAAGACUAUCCACCACGCCGAGCAUAAGUUGCUGAGGAGGAUACUGCGCGAUUAUUAUCGGCAUGUACUGGACAACCCAAAUACACUGAUCAGCCAGUUCUACGGUCUGCACAGAGUUAAGAUUCCUUAUGGCCGAAAGAUUCACUUCGUUGUGAUGAACAACCUAUUCCCACCUCAUCGGGAUAUCCAUCAGAUGUUCGACUUGAAAGGCUCGACAAUAGGCAGAGACUUUAGGGAAGAAGAUCUGGCCCACAAUCCCAGGGCCACUCUGAAGGACUUGAAUUGGCUACGGAGGGACAUGCACCUCGAAUUCGAUGCACGCGUACGUCGGAUUUUCCUGGAGCAGUUGAAGCGGGAUGUGUCUCUGUUACAGAGACUCCAAAUAAUGGACUAUUCUCUUCUCGUUGGCAUACAUGAUCUUGCGAAAGGCAACGAGGAGAAUUUGCGCGAAGCUACGUUGCAAGUAUUCCAGCCAGGGGGAGAAGAAGACGAUCAGGCUCCUUCAAUGUUGAUUAGGACUCCUUCUCGGCUUGAGAGCGCACGAAAAGCACGAGAGCUGAGGAUGACGCUCAAGAAGGAGAAGCCUGUACCCAUGGGCAUGGUACAAACAAAGAUGCCAUCCGAGAUGUCUUCAGGAGAUGAAAGACAGUUUCGCAUAUUCUACAAUUACGACGGGGGUAUCAGGGCUACACAUGAAGAUGGUCAAGGGGGGGAUUCUGUUUACUAUCUUGGCGUCAUUGACUGUUUGACUCAUUAUGGUAUAAUCAAGCGUAUUGAGCAUUUCUGGAAGGGUCUUUCGGCACCUCGGACGCAGAUCUCUCCCAUCCCGCCUCAAGCAUAUGGCGAACGAUUUCUCAAUUUCGUUACCGGCAUCACCAUGACGCAAGAAGAGGUUGAGCGAAGGAAAACGCAAGACGGCCGGCCUUCUGAAACCCAGACCCAGAAUUUCUCGGUAGACAUCCAACGACAACCACCGAGAGAAAUUCACGGAGGCGAGGGAGAGGGCUUCGUGCAAUCUCCAACCAUGAGCCCUAUGGCGGUAGAAACUACCAUGCGUAAAGCGCAGAAGCAGACAGAUAAAUCCACCCCAGAUGACAAAGGCCGGAGUGGCAGCGAAGAGGAAAAACCCGAGCGAAUCUUAAGGACGACGGAAGAGUCUAGAGGACCCACGUUACUUCCAGUGGUCUCCGAAGCGGGUGAGAAUGGGGACAACAACGAGAAACGAGGCUUGAGCGCCCAGGAUGAAAGAGGCGAGGGGCCGCUAUCCGCAUCAUCAGAACCUAUCCCACCCUUGAUACCUGGUCUACGCAAAGUUUCGCCAUCAACAGUAGCGACCGCGACUGAUACCGUCGACGAUACCAGUAUAUCGAGCCCAGACGUGGUUGACUUUGCCAAUUCAUCUCCACCAGAGGAGUGCGAAAAGGAAGCAGUCAAAGUUCUACGCGAGAAACCUCCUCGUAUUGCCAGCGACCUGAUACAGCCUCAAUCACCCUUCGGUGAGGGUCUUUUGCACUCGAUGCAGGAAAGUAUCAAGCAGAAGAACCAAUGA